GAAGGAGAGAGGGAAACAGAGGAAAGCAAUGCAAAGGGAUGAGGGAUACGAGGGGGAUUUGUGGAGGUAGAAAGGGACAGGAUAGACAUCCCACCGGAAAUACGGGCGAGCCGUACACAAAUCGCUGUUUAUUCAGUUUGUGAUAUUAUAAUAAUGCUGGAAUUUAACUAACCAAUGCACUACAGACACUACUCUACUUACUUUUUUUUUUUUUUUUUUUUUUUUUUAAUUUCCUCCCCUUUCUCUUUCUUCUUCUUCUUCUUCGUCUUUCUGUCAUACAUCACUCCUUGCAGUCGCAGUAUUGCAGCGGCUGCAGUACUGCUCCAGUUCAGUCUCUGCUGCAGAAGCAGAGAGAGAGAAAAAGGGAGGUGAAAAUUUGUUACUUUUGUUUUAAUUAACAUAUCAAAUCUUGAUUUGAUAUCCCCCAACCCAUUUCUCCCUAAUUCUAUCUUCCCACAUCCAAAAAUAAAAGAAAAAUACGAAAUUUGGGUGUAAGCGUAAAAGGGUCGAGCGAGACAGAGCUGAGAGAGAGAAAGAGGGAGAAGGGUCAGAAGGGUGUGGAGUGUGUUGUUUUCUGAGCGAGACCCUCUUUUAGCAUUUGCGAAGGUGCACCCAUUUCUAAAAAUGCAGGCAUGAGCUCCUUCUCCUCUUACCUCGAACUCUUUCUUCUUCAGUUCCUGAAGCUCUCUGAGACCCCUCAUCUCUUCAGGCUUCUAUUUAAGAACUUUUUUGUUCUUCUUCUACUUUUAUUGCACCUCCUUUCUUUCUUCUAGGGCUACGAUUCAAAUGGGUGCUCUCAUCGAUCUUAAUACCACUGAAGAAGAUGAAUCUCCCUCUUCUGCUGCUUCCUCUGUUUCUUCUUCCUCUGCUUCUGCUCUAACCUCCUCUCCUUCGCCUUCUCUUACCUCUUCCAUUUGCUUGGAGCUAUGGCAUGCUUGUGCUGGACCUCUCACCUCUUUGCCCAAGAAAGGGAACUUGGUUGUCUACUUGCCGCAGGGUCACUUGGAGCAGAUGCAAGAAUUUCCGGCUACGCCCUCUGAUCUCCCUCCCCACAUCCUCUGUCGCGUCAUUGAUGUUCAGCUUCACCAGGCUGAGGCUGGGAGUGACGAGGUUUAUGCUCAGGUUUCAUUGCUUCCUGAAAACGAGCAAAUGGAGCACAAGAUGCAGGAAGAGAUGAGCAAUGACAUUGAGGAGGAGGAUGUUGAAGAAGGUGAGAAGACCACAACACCUCACAUGUUCUGCAAGACCCUUACUGCUUCAGACACUAGUACUCAUGGAGGAUUCUCCGUCCCCAGGCGUGCAGCGGAGGAUUGCUUCCCGCCAUUGGAUUAUAAUCAACAGAGGCCUUCACAAGAGCUUGUUGCAAAGGAUCUCCUUGGGCUAAAAUGGAAGUUCAGGCACAUAUAUCGUGGGCAGCCUAGAAGGCAUUUGCUAACCACUGGAUGGAGUGCAUUUGUGAACAAGAAGAGGCUUGUUUCUGGUGAUGCAGUGCUUUUUCUUAGGGGAAACGAUGGUGAAUUAAGACUGGGAAUACGAAGAGCUGCACAGCUUAAAAGUGGUUCUACAUUUUCUAAUAUUUGCAGUCAGAAGCUCAACUCUAGUAGUAUCAUGGAUGUGGUUAAUGCUAUAUCUUCCAAAAGUUCCUUCAGCGUAUGCUACAAUCCUAGGGCUACCUCUUCACAGUUUGUCUUGCCUUUUCAUAAGUUCUUGAAGAGCAUGAACCGUUCCUUCUCUGUUGGAACAAGGUUUAGGCUGAGUUUCGAAACCGAAGAUGCUGCUGAUCUGAGACACACUGGACAUAUAACUGGAAUUGGCGAUGUUGAUCCUAUCGGAUGGCCGGGAUCACGGUGGAGGUCCCUUAUGGUGAGGUGGGACGAUGGCGAAAUCAACAGGCAUGGCAGGGUUUCGCCUUGGGAGAUCGAGCCCUCUGGUUCUGUUUCUAUGUCUAGCAACUUGGUUCCACCUGGUCUGAAAAGAUCCAGGAUUGGACUCCCUUCCACAAAACUAGAGUUUCCAGUUCCACAUGGGAUUGGAGCAACAGACUUUGGUGAAUCUUUAAGGUUCCAUAAGGUCUUGCAAGGUCAAGAAAUUUUAGGCUACAAUACUCCCACUGACUGUGAUGACAACACCCGUUAUCAUCCACCUCAGAAGAGGAGAUCGUUGCCUGACUUACAUGGUUCUGGUAUAGCUCUGAUGAGAAAUGGUCCCAGAAACCGACUUAUCAACUCCGAAACUUCCUCACGGGGUUUCGUGUUUGAUGAAUCCUUCCAAUUCCAAAAGGUCUUGCAAGGUCAAGAAAUAUUUCCAGGUCCCUUUUAUGGUAGGGCCAUGGCCACCAAUGAAGUUAAGGAAAGUGGUGGUUGCGGUCCUGUCGAUGGUUUUCGAUUGUCUACGACUAGAGAUGGAUGGCCCACGGCAAUGCAAUGUGAAAAUUUCCACACACGCUCUUCCAUUCCUUCUGCUCAAGUCUCUUCACCAUCUUCUGUAUUCAUGUUUCAGCAGUCAAUGGUUCCUGUCCUAUGCUUUGAUUCACAUAACCGUGGGAUUAUGAACAAAAGUACAUCCCAUAAUUCUGGGACAGCAUUUAUGACCGACAAUAGCAUGUGUCCCACUUCAUUGGGCGAGCUGAAUCUGCUGGGCCUAUCCCAUCAUUCUACAACAACAGCUUCAGCGUUUUCGGGCACUAAAGAUCUGUCUUCAACUACCAAAGCUGGCUGCAGAUUGUUUGGGUUUUCAUUGACAGAGGAAAAGAAUGUUGGGAAUACAGACAAGGGUUCUCCAGCAACAACUCCCAUUCAUGCAGGAACCACCAUUGGAGCUCAAUGUCCUUUGAAGUCUCCUCUGAUGAGCAAGGUGGUUGGAAGCAACUGUACCAAAGUAAGUAACAUAUCUGCUCGUGCCGUAGAGGCAAUAUAUUUUGCAUAAACAUAUUCGACGAUCGAAUCUUCGAGAUCGAACUCUGAGAGGCCCCUCUACAAUCAGGCUAUGUAGAUGCUCAGCUUCUAAUUAUUUUUUUAUUUUAUUUUUUGUUUUUCAAAGCAAGAAAGGUGGGAUAAGAAAAAGUGUCACGGCCUGAUAAAUCUGAUCUGCAUUGUUAUGCAGGGGGCUCUUCAGUACCACUAUGCAAAUUACAGUACCUACUACUGAAUGGGUCUUGACUUCUUUGGGGUUAACAAAUGAAGAAGACUGCUGCCUAGUUUUAUUUGUGUCUGAAUUAGAAAACAAUGCUUUUUACUUUGAAAUCUUCUCUAGUUUUUGGGCCUCGAUUCGGUAUGAAUUAUCGAACGAAAAGAACGCUUUGCGCUUUGUUUUGAUUGUAAUGAUACCCAUUUGUCGUUGUUGUUGUUGUAUCUCAGAUUGUAAUUUGUGUAUUGUUUAGUAUGAAUGUUAUAAGUUGCAGCAGCUAUGCCAGUUUGUAGAA